AUCUGGUUAAGUGGAAUAGAUGGCCCAAGACAACUGUACUGACGCAGAGAACCUGCAGAACAAGAUACAAAGAAGGAGACUGACUUUGGGGCGAGAUUUGCCACAAUUCGGACUCUCUUUUGACUCACAAAAACACAGGAAAUUUCAAGAAUCAAGCUAAAAAUUGAAAGAAUUAAGCAAGGGUGACUUUGUGAAAGUCUACUUUGGAACAAAGUACCGCUGGGUCUGCACAUACAAUUUCAGGAAUCAGUAAUGGCGACACUUGCAAGAUUAGGCUUCGGAUUGCUGUCAUAUAUCUCUGCUUGCCUCAAGGGAUCUAUUUCUAACGGCGAAAACGACGGCAAAGAACCAAAUCCUCAUCAAUACUUUCACAAGUGCUCGAGCGGCAAAACUUGGAAAUCCAAAGCAAUCGGCAUCUUAAAGCAUUACUUCAAUGACUCUUUUUUGCAGAAACUAAGAUCUUGUGCAAGAUUUCCUUAUCAAGAAGAAAAUGUAGGAAACUGGUUUACAAAGGAAAUUCCAUUACCCCAAGACCUGUAUCAUGUAAGAACUAUAAACAUUUUGAAUUUGACUGGUCGAAGGCCUGGGAAUAUUGGGGAAAGUCCUGCUAUAAUGGAUGCUGACUUCUCUCAAAGACCGAUAGAAGACGGUUUUACAUUCUUGUUCCAUGGCACUAAGCAUGAAUCAGCACAAGACAUUAUAGAGAAUGGAAUUCGCCUAGAUAAGUUAGACAGCCGAAGAUAUCAAGAUUUUAGCUGUGGAAACGGAUUUUACUUAACGAAAAGCUUUGAAGAAGACCCCGGUGCAGUACAUUGGGCAUUUCACCGUCAUAAUAACAAGCAAGCAGUUCUGAUUUUUAAGAUCCCAAAUGAUGUUUUUGACAGGUAUCGCGCCGAUGCAGAGAGCUUCUUCCAUAACAACGAAGAGCUGAAAACGUUCGUAGAAAAAUUUAGAAUACCUGGUAAAACAAGGAAGCGAGAGUUGGAGAAAAUAUUAGAGGAAGUAUCCUUUGUGGAAGGGCCUCAUGUAAAGAUUCAAAACAAUCGCUUUGUUUCUUCCUAUGAAGGAAGCUACCAGAUCUGUUUGCACAGUGAAGAGCUUGCAAAUAGUUUUGACCGACAUCUGGACUCAGCCAUAUUCUUUAAUAAACGGUAACGCUGUUAAAUUCUUUUCAAUUAUUGCAUUCCUUUUUUCAAAAACGGAAUAUAUUGCCUGUAAAAAUGAAUGACUAAAUUCAUAUUCUUUAAUUUAUCUUCUUAAACUAAAUGCAUGCGUACAAUCUAUGCACGAUUCUGCAUAACGUACUGAACGCCCAUUAAGAUAGUAUCAUUUGGUACGAUAUAUAUGAAAUGUCUCUUUACAAAGCGUAUUUAAAGGUAUUAAAAUAACAAAGUUAGUUAGGCGGAUGACUCCGAGAUAAUAAAAAAUAAAUAUAUUAAGAAAAAAAAAAUAAAAAACCUGCAUUAAUUUAUGUCUAGGACGAACAAGGCGGAUAGUGAGCAAAAUUUAAACUCAACUGAUGUCUAAGACCCUUGAUCUAAAGUCAACACUAACUUAGUUGGUAUUAUUUUCUAAAGUACGAAAUGUUUCAUGUUUCAAGUCUGUGGCAAGAUCUGUUUUUAUACGCACAAUCAUACUUAACAGUGCACUGUCACGCUUCAUGAAAAAAAAUGCAUAAAAACAUACAACAAAAGGCUUUCUAACCAUUUCCCUCUACAAACUAUGGUGCAAUCAAUAAAAAUUCUAAUUUCAAAGAGGUCAUUUGCUGCUGUCGUCUUUAUUCCAAUAUAUCGCCUUUCAUUCUAAUAUUAUCUUUAGCAAUAAUCUCACUAUA